CGGUCGCCGCCCCGUCCCAUCAGGAUCUGGCCCCAGGCCUCGCGGCUCGGGAUGCGGGAAAAAGCCCUUCGACCUUGCAGGUUACAGAGCGGCCACCAGCCCUCGCCUGGGCCCAGGUUUUCCGUUGGAAUAUACGUUGCACAUUUAUGGCGAUUCUGAGCGUGAGGGCAGACUUCUGCCAGGCUCAGCACAGCGUUUUCGCUGACAAGUGAGCUUGGGGGUUCUAUGUGCCAUAAUUAACAUUGCCUUGACGACUCUGGACACCGAGACUGGCCUCAGACAUAGUUGGCUUUUUUUUUUUUUUUUUUAUUGCAAGCAUAUUUCUUUUAAUGACUCCAGUAAAAUUAAGCAUCAAGUAAACAAAAGUGGAAAGCAACCUACACUUUUAACUUGUCUCACUAGUGCCUAAAUGUAGUAAAGGCUACUUCAGUUUUGUAUGUAGUUGGAAUUUUUGGAGUCCGAAGGUAUCCAUCUGCAGACAUUGAGGCCCAAGUUGGAUUGGAGUGGAUUCUAAAUACUUCUGCUUACCUUGAAGAGAGAAGCUUCUUAAAGAAUAAACAAGUUGAAUAGAGAAAACACUGAUCGAUAUUAGGCAUUUUAGUGGUCUUUUUAAUGUUUUCUGCUGUGAAACAUUUCAAGAUUUAUUGAUUUUUUUUUCAUUUUCCCCGUCACACCCACACACGCACGCUCACACUUUUUAUUUGCCAUAAUGAACCGUCCAGCCCCUGUGGAGAUCUCCUAUGAGAACAUGCGUUUUCUGAUAACUCACAACCCUACCAAUGCUACCCUCAACAAGUUCACAGAGGAACUUAAGAAGUAUGGAGUGACAACUUUGGUUCGAGUUUGUGAUGCUACAUAUGAUAAAGCUCCAGUUGAAAAAGAAGGAAUCCACGUUCUAGACUGGCCUUUUGAUGAUGGAGCACCACCCCCUAAUCAGAUAGUAGACGAUUGGCUGAACCUGUUAAAAACCAAAUUUCGUGAAGAGCCAGGUUGUUGUGUUGCAGUGCAUUGUGUUGCAGGACUGGGAAGAGCACCCGUGCUGGUUGCACUUGCUUUGAUUGAAUGUGGAAUGAAGUAUGAAGAUGCAGUUCAGUUUAUAAGACAAAAAAGAAGGGGAGCAUUCAAUUCCAAACAGCUGCUUUACCUGGAGAAAUACCGACCUAAGAUGCGAUUGCGUGUCAGAGACACCAAUGGGCACUGCUGUGUUCAGUAAAAAGAAGCGUAAACGAAGGCUGACUUGAUUGUGCAUUUAGAGGGAACUCUUGGUACCUGGAAAUGUGAAUCUGGAAUCUUACCUGUGUCACCAAAGUAGUGAUGGAUUCAGUACUCCUCAACCACUCUCCUAAUGAUUGGAAAAAAGCAAACAAAAAAGAAAUCCCUCUAUAACGUGAAUAAAAUGUUUAAGAAAAGAAAAAAAGAAAGAAAAAAAGGAUUAAUUCAGUGAAGGAUGAUUUUGCUCCUAAUUGUUGGGAGUUUGAAUUUCUGUCAGGAUUGAAUUAUAUCAAAUCCCCUGUCUUUUUUAACUUUUCAAACUAGGUCUCUAAGGAAAACCAGCAGAACAUUAGCCUGUGCAGAACCAUCUGUUUGGGGAGCACACUUUUCCAUUAUGCUUGGCACAUAGAUCUCCCUGUUGUGAGUUCUUUUCUUUUCUUUUCCUUUCUUUUCCUUUCUUUUCUUUUUUUUCUUUUCGGUGGUGGUGGGCUUGUAUUUUUCCCUUCUUCUCUUUCCCCAUUCCUCGUUUUCCCCCCUGAUAUAAGUCGUAGAUGGACUAGGAGAAGCCCUUGUUGCUGUAGACGUGUGUGCAGUCUGGCAGCCUUAAGCCCACCUGGGCACUUUUAGAAAAAACAAACAAACAAAUGAAAAAAAAAAAGAAACAAAAAAAAAAAACACCAAAAAAAAAAAAAAAAAAGCAGUGGCAUAUGUAUUAUAUGAGCCAGGUGGUUUUUAGUCUUUACUGAUGAUGGGGUGUUCAUGUUAGUUUCUUUUCUUGGAAACCCUAUUCAACAUUAGGCAACGUAGCCAAGAGCCUUUUGUUUUGGUUUUGGUGAAUUAGUGGGGAAAUGGCAUUUUAAGAAGAGUCUUUCUUCUCAAAGAACUUAGCUGAGAGUCGAAUUCUUCUCUUUUCCAACCAAUGAAGCUAAGUGGGUCUCCCAGAAACUUUGGCUUUCUGAAGGGGAGUGAGCGCUCCGGGCCGUCACUAAAGAUGCGUCCAGGUAGAGAGUUACCAUACUCUGUACAUCUCCUAGAAUUGUGGGUCGUAGCAUUACUCCGAUUUUCUGUCUCAUGAUGUCGGAGAAUGCUGAUAGUUUGGCAGUUUUAUUUGGGAUUUACUCGUAUGAUGAAUUUUUCAAGAACGGUGGAAGGAGUGACAGCAAAGAUAGGAUAUUUUGGACUCGGCAAAUGCCUGUGAUGCAUUUUUGUCAAACUAUCCCAUCUAUGUACAGUUAAGUUUAACCACUGAUUGCCUUGUUAUUUUCUUACUAGGUUCUUUAUGAGAUUUAAAAAAAAAAUCGCUGGUUCAAAACCAACAAUGCCUAGUGAGUACGUGUCCACAG